GACUUCUCUCUCUAAGAUUGUCUAUCCUCAUUACUUUCCUCUAUAAAUUGCAUUCACUUUAGCGUAUGUAUAAUUAUGUAAAUGUAUAUGUAUAUAUGUGUAUGUAUGUAAGAAGAACACUACUUUGGAGUAAUCGGAGACACCUUCAUGGUUGAUCCAAUGGAGGGAAAUGGGAAACCGAUCACUCCUGUCGCAGACGUUGAAGAAAUGUACAUGGAUUAUUACAGAAGGAAAGAGGGGCCAGAGCUACCUAAUAAUGCAGUUUUAUCAGCUUUCUUUAAGGCUGAGCGUAAAAAAUCUCGCCACAAGCAAUGUAGCCUUGUGAUUAUCUUGGAUGACUUGAAGGAUACUGAUUUCCAUCCGCUUCUUGAUGUAUUUAUGGAAAUUGACACCUCCGAGAUUGAGGCGGUUGACAUAAUCCAGAAAUCAUCAUGUGUCUUUGAUGGAGAACUUACUCUGUUGUUGCUGCGUGCAAUCAAUCAAAAGCUCCGCAUUGUUGAUCUCCAGGACUCGUCAUUUGGGAAGGACUUCUUGCGGGAUCUCUCUCACAAUGGCUUGACAUGCCAAAUCUUAAACUUGAGGUCUUCCCAUUUCCGGAAGCUUAACAUGAUUGGGAAGUUUAUGCAGUUGCGCAUUCUUAACCUGGAUUUCAGCAGUUCACUCACUAGUUUCCGGGAGGAUUGUUUUACUUGUAUGCCAAAUUUAAAGUGCCUUUCGUUGUGCGAGACGAGAGUUGCUAAUCUCUGGACAACUAGUACAGCAUUGUCUAAACUUCCCUCUUUAGUGGAACUCCGCUUUCAGAAAUGUAAGUGUUGCGAUGACACAGGAAGUUGUCCUGCAUCACCUUCUGGGGGGAGUACUGAUUCAGAUCAGCUGGAAACUGGACUUCACAAUGGUGCACUAUCUUUUGAUGCUGACGAAAUCAUAAAUCAAUAUUCAGACACAGAAGCGGAAAUUACAAAUAUGUUUCUGGACCAUUAUUAUUCUAUGAAUGACGAAGUUGAAAGCACACCUGAGGAUUCGUCAGAUGAUAGUGAAGUCGAAUUUUCAAAUCGCCAUCGGGAGCCCAGUCUGGUGGAGCUCCUGUAUCUGCAAAACGAGAAUCUGUUUGGCACAUUGGGGAUGCAAAGUGAAGAGUCCUCGUCAAGUUCUUCUAAUUGUAGACAUAUCUCAUCUAUUGUGCCAAAGAAGUAUAUUUCUUAUCAUCCUUCGCCAAUAUGCUAUGAGAAACACUAUAGGGAGUACAUGAUAACGUCAUUGCCCAAUUUGAAAGUUCUCGAUAACUUGCCCAUCAGAAAUAUUGACAGGCAGAGAGCCAAUAUAAUUUUUACUCAGUACUUUGAGUACCUUCCUUACAGAAGGAAGAAUAAGGAAAGUGUUGUUAGUAUCUUGCAGAAGCGUGAAAUUAAAGCAAGCCGCACUUGCACGGAAACCUGGAGGCAGAAACCAUCCUAUGUUUCAGGAAAUUCUAAGCAUUUCUAUUCCAGGUCACUUUGUGCUGCCAAAGUGGGUUCUUCCCCUUGGCCUCUUUUGCAUCCGCUUUCUAUCUUUUGCCACAUAUCAGGAGAAGAAAGGAGUUUUCGUCCACGGCAGUUUGAGUACCAUCCAUCUGACUCUAGCCUAAUGGUUUUUGGAACUCUGGAUGGUGAAGUAGUUGUUAUCAACCAUGAGAAUGGGAAUAUUGUUAGUUAUGUUCCAUCACGGGGAGCCAUGAACAGUGUGCUGGGAUUAUGUUGGCUCAAAAAGUAUCCUUCCAAGCUCAUAGCUGGUUCUGAUAACGGUUCACUGAAAUUGUAUGACAUCCAACAUAUGACAACAAAAAAUAAAGAGAUCUAUUGCAGCGCUGGUUCUGUUACUUUUGAUGAGUUUGAUCAAUUAACAUCUGUUCAUGUCAACUCAACGGAUGAACUUUUUCUUGCAAGUGGAUACUCUAAACAUGUUGCUUUGUAUGACAUUAGCAGCGGAAGACGCUUGAAUGUGUUCACCGACAUGCAUAUGGAGCAUAUUAAUGUUGUUAAGUUUGCAAACCAUCACCCAUCUGUUUUUGUGACUUCAUCCUUUGAUCGGGAUGUUAAAAUGUGGGACUUAAGACAAAAACCAAUUCGGCCUUGCUAUACAGCCUCAAGCUCUCGAGGAAAUGUGAUGGUUUGCUUUUCUCCAGAUGAUCACUAUAUUCUUGUGUCAGCCGUUGACAAUGAGGUUAAACAACUAUUUGCUGUUGAUGGGAGGCUCCACCAGGAUUAUGAUAUACCUUCAACAGGAAGCUCCCAAAAUUACACCCGUUCUUAUUACCUGAAUGGAAGGGACUAUAUUAUGAGCGGAAGUUGUGAUGAACAUGUAGUCCGCAUUUGUUGUGCUCAAACAGGAAGGCGGCUGAGGGAUAUAUCCUUGGAGGGCAAAGGUUCAGGGGCUUCAAUGUUUGUACAGUCUUUGAGGGGUGAUCCUUUUAGAGACUUCAAUAUGAGUGUCUUAGCAGCGUAUAUACGUCCGAACUCAAACUCAGAGAUUGUCAAGGUGAAUUUGCUAGCAUCCAAUGACUAUGCUAAAGAUAUCUAUGACGACGACGACCAAUCUCGCCCAUCCUAUAGUAUGGGAGGUUAAUGCAGCCACCAUUUGUACAUGGAGUUUAAACCUGUAUUGUUCCCUUUUCUUUCUAUUAAUAUAGUGGAAAGGAUGGUUUGGCUUGGUGAGUUCUAGUUUAGAAAUAUAAAAAGUACUCUGUAUACAUAGUACUUAAAUAUUUUUAAAUAUAAUUAUAUGCUUACUGUAUUUUCAAUGGAGAAGUGACUUAUAGGAAAAUACCAUCCAGUUAUGACUAUGGAAAAUGAAUUUUGGUUUUUUCCAAAAUUGUUUUUAUUAGGAAAUUGAAUAUUGUAAUGAUUGGCAUUGAUGAGCAUCAAGGGUUCCAUCCUGUACUGAUUUUAUCUGAA